UGGAUGGGUUCUGCUAGGGCUGCUGUAAGGGGAAUCCAAGCCUUUGUGCUCGGGAUCCCUGGCGUAUUUCAAACACCCGGAGCCUGAACACAGUCCACACUCAGAGCACAGCCCUGCUAUCUGGCACCCCCCUGUGAGUGUUGGAACCCACUGUCCAGCCACCUACCCCUUCUAGUCUCCCCAGUACUUGAAUUCAUCUGCCACAGAUCCACAGGAUCGGUGCUAGGCCCCAGUUUUUAAACAGUGCUUGGAACCCUUCAGUGCACCAGACCUCCAAGGGGUCCCGCUCUUCCUUCAGGGCAGGCCACCUGGCCUCACUGCCUCUGAGAUGGAGCUUCUGGCCUUCAGCCCCCUUGCUCCACCCAGUGAGCUCUGCCCUGCAAGCUGACGUGGCCGUGGCUCGGUGAAGGGCAGCUGGCCUCAGUUGCGCUGUCCUCUCGCUCUCUCUGCAGGGUGUGAUGUUCCCUGCCCUGCACCAUCUCCGCCUGGGCGCCCGCCCCACACCCGGUGCCACGAGGGCAGGUGGCUCUGCCCGGGGGUACCUGUCCCAGGAGAACGAGCAGCGGUGCCGAGGGCUACUGGAGGCCUCCACCAGACGCUACCGGCAGGAGGCAGUGGCAGCGGCUGUGCUGGUGACACUGUGUUCUGUGGGCGGGUACCCUGCGCUGCUGUACACGCUGCGCUCCAGCACGCUGACGGGCCAUCACAAGGGAGAUGUCAGUUUCCCGGGCGGCAAGCGCGACAGCUCCGACCAGGAUGUGAUCGCCACAGCGCUGAGGGAGACGCAGGAAGAGCUGGGCCUGCACUUGGAGGCUGAGAGCGUCUGGGGGGUCAUGAAACCCCUACCCACCGGGAGGGGACUGACUGUUGCUCCCGUCCUGGCACAUCUGGGCCCCUUGGAGUGUGUGUGUCUGAGCCCCAACCCACAGGAGGUUGAGGAUGUUUUCACCAUCCCCCUGUCUCACCUGCUGCAGGCACAGAACCACGGUUACACCAACUUCUGCCACCAGGGCCGCUACAGCUACACGCUGCCCGUCUUCCUCAACGGCCGCUACCGGGUGUGGGGGCUGACGGCCAUCAUCACGGACCUCACGCUGGAGCUGCUGGCGCCCAGCGCCUACCGCCGGAGAACACGCCCACCCAGCACCCGCUGAGCCCUCAGCCCACCUGCGCUAUGGCCUGCCCUGGCCCCACAGCAUGGACAGAGCCAGCUGGCUGGGCUGGGUGAGGGCUCCCUGGAGGCAGAGAGAGCCAGGGGGGCAGGCUGGGCGAGGUGUUCCCCCACCUCAAGGGCAGAAAGAACAAGGGGGGCAGGCUGGGCGUGCCCCUCCCAGAGGCGUGGGACAGAGCUGAGGGGGUGACCCCAGGAGGGAAUCCCCAGCCUGUGAUAACGCUGGGGGGAGUUACAUGGUGUCGGGAGGGGGGAUGCUGACGAGACCUGCGUGAGCCAUGA